GGCCUAACAUUCCCUCACUCUGAUUGGUCCACGCAGCCGUCCGUCAUCUCGCUUCCUGCUUUGCUGAAAGUGAGGCAUUAUUGUUUGUAUCGGAGCGCAAAAGUGUCGCACUUUAAACCGAGGUGAUGACUUUAUUGGUCCGGGGGAGUUCGCGUCAUCAUGUCCGACCGUAGAAGGCGACGCUCCCCCAAGAUGUACAUGGUCGCGUCCGAUUACAAAGUGCAGGACCACCUGGAAGGAACCAUUCGCCUGCAGCGGGGGCAGCUGUGUCAGCAGCAGGAAGGAGGAGCGCACAGGAGCGGGAGAGGGGAUUACCUGUGGGUGAAGGUGAUUGAUAAUGGCUGCGUGGUGAAGGUGGACAGACAGGUGCUCAGUGAAGUCCCGGCUGAGUUCGCCGGUCUGCUCGAACCCGUCCCUGACCUGGACGUCCGUGUCAAACUGCUGUCCAGGACGCAGUUCCUGCAGCGAAUGGCUGCUUUAGCGCUGGGAUCAGAGGUGCGGGUCAUCUGGAGCCGCAGCCAAUCAGAGCUCGCUGAGGCGGAGCUUCGUUACCGCGGGCCGCUGACGAGAGGAAGCUCCGCCAUUCACUUCGGGGUUCAGCUAAAAGGAUGGGCAGCAGGGCGUGGGAAAUGCAAUGGCAGCUAUAAAGGGCAUCAGCUGUUCUCGUGUCCGGACGGCUGCGGUCUGUUCCUCCCGGUCAGUGAGAUCACGCUCCCUCGCUCGUCCCGCAGCAGCAGCUCCAGCGAGCCCCAGAGUCCCGUCAGCAUCCUGUCCCGCGCUGCCGAAUCCAGCGUCCCGCAGCCGCUCGCCGUGGGACAGAGAGUGUGCUUCAUCCAGGACGAGUGCGUCCAGCGCGGGAGCGUCCAGUUCUGCGGGGCCCUGUCUAACCGCACACCCUCCACACUUUAUGUGGGAGUCCUGCUGGAUCAUCCAGGAGGACCAUGGGAUGGAUAUUAUAAAAACACCAAGCUGUGCUCCAUCCCGUCACCUGAGUUUGGCGCUUUGCUUCCCCUCUCUAAAGUAACCGCAGAAUCUAGAUCCGAACGGUCUCCUCUGGCAGUGACCAGUCCUAAACUGCCACCGCUGCCCGUCCCAAAUAAACCCGCCCUUCAGCCCCCAUCGCCCAUCAAAGACCUGUCUCAGCCCUCGAGCCGGCCGCUCAUCCAGCCGGCCAUGCUGCUGACCGCCAGGAAAGCCCUGCAGCCUCCGUCCUCCUCCGCCCCGAAACCUCCUGCGCUCACGACACCCAAAACUGCCCUGCAGCCUCCCCUGCUCCCGCCCAACAAGCCCCAAGCCCCGCCCACAGACCACUCCCUCUCCUCCAAUGGGUUCCACAACCUCCCGUCUCCACCAAUCGCUGAGCAGAGGGCGGAGCCUGGCGCCUGGCUGGAGGUGGGCUCCAUGGUGGAAGUGAACGACCCGCCCCUUUUCGGAGUCAUUCGCUGGAUUGGACAAAUCAACAACAUCCCGGAGCCAGUGGCUGGAAUUGAGCUGGAUCAGGAGUUGUCCGCCGCCACAGAUGGCAGUUAUCUCGGCGAGCGUCACUUCCACUGUCCUGCUAACAAAGGUCUGUUCGUCAGACUGAGAAACGUCAGACGUGACUCCAGGUUUCCUGAACCUGAGCUGCCCAUUAAUCAGGUGGACCGCUGCAACUCCAUCGCGUUUGCUAACUGGAGCAGUAAGCGUGUGGAGGAGCACACGCCUCCUCUGUGUGGUCCAGACGCCCGGGUCACAUACGAGGGCUUCAAGAAAGGCAUUCAGGGUCACCUCAACUCCUGCUACCUGGACGCGUCUCUCUUCAGUAUGUUCUCGUGCUGCAGCUCGUUCGACUGGCUGCUGUUUUGGCCGGUUGGAGCUCAGAACAAUCCCAUCAGUCAAAGCGCUCAGGAUCUGCUGCGCUGCGAGAUCGUCAAUCCUCUGCGCCGGUAUGGAUACGUGUGUGCCAGUAAAACCAUGGCUUUACGCAAACUACUGAAAGAAGAAACAGCUGAUUCCGGAUUUACCAACGAGGAGAAAGAUCCAGAGGAAUUACUCAACCAGCUUUUCCUGCUUCUCCAGGUUGAGCCGCUUCUGAAGAUCAGGUCUGUGAGUCAGAAAGCGCAGGAGUGUUUCAUCUAUCAGCUCUUUCCUCCGUCGUCUCCUCUGCUCUCUCCGCUCGUGUCUCCGGGGCUCCUGCGUGUCUCCAGCGUCCAGGCGUUACUCGAGUCCUCCUUCAUGCACUCGGGACUCAAGCUGACGGAGGCUCCUUCCUGCCUGCCGCUCCUCAUGCCCAGAUUCGGUAAAGAGUUCAAGAUGUUUGAUGCCAUCCUGCCCUCGCUGAGCCUGGACAUCACUGACCUGCUGGACGAGACUCUGCGGCAGUGCAGUAUCUGUCAGUCGGUGGCGCAGUGGGAGUGUCUGCAGUGUUACGAGGAUGUUGACAUCACACCUGGACAGUUAAAACAGUACUGCAACACCUGUAACACACAGGUUCACACACAUAAGAAGCGUCAGAUGCACCGGCCGGUGGAGGUGCGGGGGCCCCGGGGCUGCUGGGAAGGGCCGGUUCACGGGGCCCGUCAGCUGAUGGAUCUGUUCGCUGUCACCUGCAUUGAGACGAGCCACUACGUGAGCUUCGUCAAACACGGCCCCGGGGCCACGGACUGGCUGUUCUUCGACAGCAUGGCCGACCGAGAGGGAGGAGAGAACGGUUUUAACGUGCCGCAGGUGCGCUCGUGUCCGGAGGUGGGUGGUUAUCUGAGUCUGUCUGUGGAUGAAGUGUCUCGUCUGGACGCCUCGUCUCUCAGAGAUCCUGUGCGUCGUUUACUGUGUGACUCCUACAUGUGUCUGUACCACUGUCCUCAGCUCUCGCUCUACAAAUAACACGCUUAUAUAUAUAUAUAUAUAUCAACACAUCUCGCAGCACAGGAGCGAAGUGUGACUACAAACAGUUAUUUUUGAACAGAUUUUUAACAGAAUGCAGUGUAUGCUUGUGUAUGUUUACAAAUGUAAAUGUUUAAUUUUAUAAAAAGAAACUGAACUGAA